AUGAAUGAUUCAACAAUUUACGAGCGUGUCAUUCAUAAUAAUUAUUUACCACAAUAUUUAACAAAUGCAUGGAAAAGUAAUGGUUGGAUUUUAUCAGAAAAUGAUUAUGAAACUUUUCAAAAAGCUUAUGGAGAUGAUUUUAUUUGUUAUGUUGCUUAUGAAAAUGACACAAAACAAUUUUAUGGUAAUAUAUGGGGACUUUUUAAUAGAGAUAAAUAUGGUGAAAUAAAAUUAUUUAGUAUUGCUUCAUUUUUUGUUUUACCAUUAUAUAGAGAUAUUUUUUUAAAAAAAUAUAGUCAAAUAGAUAAUUGGGAGAAUGUUUUUGAAUAUGAUAGAAAAUUUACAACAAAUUCUGUUGAUCGAUCAAAAUUUUUAAAAUUAUUAUUUACAAGAAAUGAUGGAUAUGGACGGGUUGCUUUUAACGGAAAUGGAAAUGUUGUAGGAUUUAUACAUAUCCGUGAAUGUCUACCAAACAACCUAGAUAUUGGACCAUUUUAUGCUGAUAAACAAGAAAUUGCGAAAUGUCUUUUAAAUAGUGCGAUUUUAGAAAUUAAAUUAAGUGGAAAAAGAUACUCUCUUGUUUUAAUGAAAAUACUUUCUAAUAAUAGUAAUUGUGAAAAAUUAAUUGAGGAGUUUACAAAUGGUAAAAUGGUAUAUAAUGAGAAUAUGUAUGCUAAAUUUACAAAAUCAGUUAUUCCAACAAAGGAAAUGUUGGUAUAUAGUAUGACAGAAUACACCUUAAGUCAUAUAUGA